AUAUGAGAUUUCAUACCGGAGAGAAGCCAUUCAUCUGCAAAGAAUGUGGGAAAGCAUUUUCCCAGAAACCAAGUCUUACAAGUCAUAUGAGAUUGCAUACUGGAGAAAAGUCAUAUGUGUGCAGCGAAUGUGGGAAAGCAUUUUCCCAGAAACCACAUCUUACAAGUCAUAUAAGAACCCAUACUGGAGAGAAGCCAUUCACGUGCAAGGAAUGUGGGAAAGCAUUUUCCCAGAAACCUAGUCUUACAAGUCAUAUGAGAUUGCAUACUGGAGAGAAGCCAUACAUGUGCAAGGAAUGUGGGAAAGCAUUUUCCAAGAAACCAAAUCUUACAAGACAUAUGAGAUUUCAUACCGGAGAGAAGCCAUUCAUCUGCAAAGAAUGUGGGAAAGGAUUUCCCCACAAACAACAUCUUACACGUCAUAUGAGAAUCCAUACUGGAGAGAAGCCAUUCACGUGCAAGGAAUGUGGGAAAGCAUUUUCCCAGAAACAAAAUCUUACAAGUCAUAUGAGAUUGCAUACUGGAGAGAGGUCAUAUGUGUGCAGCGAAUGUGGGAAAGCAUUUUCCCAUAAAUCACAUCUUACAAUUCAUAUGAGAACCCAUACUGGAGAGAAGCCAUUCACGUGCAAGGAAUGUGGGAAAGCAUUUUCCCACAAACCAAGUCUUACACAUCAUAUGAGGUUGCAUACUGGAGAGGAAAAAGAAACAACAUGAUAAAAUAAACCAGUUAACCUGUUAAGCGUCCGCCCCGGAUGAGCUCGCUGCUAAUGUACCGUCACUCUUUUUUUGUAAUCAGCGAUCAUAGCACUGAUGAUAGUUUUUCAAAGUUAAUAUUGAUUUUUAUGCUUAUUAUUCAUACUGUAGUUAAGUGUAGGAAAUUAUUAAAUGUUGGAGUAAAAAAAAUUAAUCAAAGUAAAGGGAUCUCUCUCUCUCUCUCUUGGAGUCCAGUCACUCGGCAAAGAAAAGUCAUCUUCACUCCCACUUUGGAAGAAAAGUUUGUAUCCUCAUCACUGGAGGAUUCAGAACUAGAGCUCUCAUCAUCAAAUAGGUUAUCAAUAUCAGACUCCUCAUCUAGUAUUUGAUUGAUCUCACUUGAAGAAAUAGGCCUCCUCUUUGGGACAUUCAUUGUGAAAGACGUGAUAAAAUAUUUUGUCUCGAUAAACUCCUGAAGCGUACUGAAAGGAAACCAGCAGGGACACGCAGUUUUCUAGCAUAAGCGACCACCAGGAAAGAGUUGCCAGGCUGGAAAUAAGUUUCCUGUGUGCUGAGAGUGUUACCAAAUGAUGUUCCUACACUUUCUAUAUGAGUAAACGUAUUAUUACGGGGCUGACGGCUUGACAAGCACAGUUAAAGUCUUGAAAGUAAUAUCCCGUUGAAGGCGCUACCGAGUAGAUCGCGGUAAACGUAUUAUUACGUGGGUGACGCUUAACAGGUUAAGGCAGAGAUCUCUGAUCAAAAUCACUCACAAAAUCUGCUCAAGAAAAUAAGGAAAAUAAAGAAAAAAUAGAGAAUAGGAGAUGAACAAAUGAGUGGAAAACUGGCAGAUCACCAAGCCAAUAUAAAGGCCCUAGCUUCACAAAUAGGAAAAAAAACAACAGAAGAUAAAUGUAAAACAAAUAAAUAGGCAGUUUGGUGAAAAUCCAAAGAUUGUGUAUAGGUACAUCACGAAAGAAUCAGUAGAGGUACGAACACCUCCGAGCAAGGAAGACCUAGAGAAAUUUUGGAAGCCACUGUUUGAAGACCCUAGACAACACCAAGAGAAUUCAUGGAUUGACACCAUUAGGCAGAAGAACAGCAAAUCCCACCAAUAAGGUUCACCAUCGAAAGAGUAACAAAGAAAAUAAAAGAAUAUAAUAAUUUCAAGACUACACUCAGCAGAGUGGCUCACAACAGGAAGCACCAACCUUCUACCUAAGAGCUCUGAGACUGAGCUCCCUAACAAAUAUAGGGCCAUCUGCUGUCUAUCAACAACCUACAAAUGAGUCACAGGAGUCAUAGCAGGCGAGAUCUAUGAACAUCUAGAUCACGGCAAAUAUGUGGAAAAAGAACGAAAGAGAUGCACAAGAAACAAACUAGGUACUAAAGAUCAACUGCUAAUAAACAAACAAUAUUAGAAGAUUGUAAGAAGAAAAGACAAAGGAAUCUUAAUAUGGCUUGGAUAGAUUACAAAAAGGCAUUUGACUUCGUGCCAUGCACCUGGAUAUUCAAAUCUAUGGAAUUAGACAGCAUCAAUGAGGAAAUAAGAUCUUUCUUGGCAGCACAGAUGAGUAAGUGGAAGACCACUCUGUCUAAAACACCCUGAGGGCCAGAUAGUAAUUCCAGACUUAAAAAUCCAAAGAGGAAUAUUCCAGGGUGACAGCCUCUCACCACUUCUAUUCUGCUUGACCAUAGAUCUGCUUAGUAAAAUCUUGAACAACAUUAACACUGGCUAUAACCUAAGCAAAAGCAGAAGCAGAAAACAGAAUAAAAGAGUGAAUCACCCACCUGCUCUUCAUGGAUGACCUGAAAUUGGAAGAACAAGUUAGGACAGUCCACCAAUUUUCAAAUGACACCUGCAUGGAAUUUGGGUUGGACAAGAGUGCCACGAGUACAAUAAAGAGAAAGAAGAGAGUAACAUCAGAAGGUAUAAAGGUAGAGGAAGGCAUAUCUGUUGAAGACCAGGCAGAGGAGUACUUGGGAAUAGAAGAAAACAUUGGUAUAGAACACAAGAAAGUGAGAGAAAAGAUAAAGAAAGAAUACAUCAGCCACUUAAAGAAUUAACACCAAAGAACAAGAUCACUGUCAUAAACCAGCUGGCAAUACCAUUGAUGACAUGUGGUUUUGGCAUUAUAGACUGGCCACAAGUUGAGUUAGACAGGAUGGAUAUUAAAAGAUUCUCACCCUACAUGAAGUCACAUACAGACACCAGUGCAUGGACAUAAUAUACCUCGCUCACAGAGAAGGUGGAUUAGGCCUGGCUGAGAUCAACCAGGCCUACAGAGCAGCAAUAAUAAGUCAAGGGUAAAACUUAAAAAGCUCUGAGGAUGAAAACAUCAAAAAGGUUACCCAACACCAUAACGGAGCCCUGAGCCAACUAACAUCAGUAACAAAGCAGGCUAAGAACUUCGCCGGAGAUCUGCUAGAAGACACAGAGGGUGCUGAACAGACUCCAGCAAAAACGAUAGCCAGGAAGACCAAGCAGAAAUACAGUCACAGAGAGGAGAAACUUAGAAUGGAAAGGUAGAAAGACCAUGGAAGGGCAGGAAGAUUUCAAGACGAACUGGAAAAAAGUUACCUAGACAAAGAAGAGUCACUCAGAUGGAUAAGAAAUGGAGAUCUAGGUUAUGAUGGAGAAAGACUGAUAAUAGGAGCACAAGAUCAAGGCUUCCUAACAAACAGCUUCAAGAAAAUGCCAAGCAUAUCAGCAAAUGAUCCAUGUAGGUUUUUUCAAGCAGUGAUUGAGAGUGUUAGUCAUUUGAUAUCAACCUGCUAGACUCUGCUUGCAGCCCACCACAACAAUAUCUGUAAAUAUAUACAUUGGA